ACUCAAAUUUUGCGUUCUGGAGAAGGGUUUGGCACUUUGGCCAAAAUCCGAGGUAUUGUCUACUUCAGACUCAGUCCUUUUGAGCAGAAGGCUUUUGCUGGUGCAAUCAGCCAUGGAGUUCCUAACAUGCUUCGUAGAUUCCGUGAGAAUGUACUUCGUGUCUCUCCACCAAUUGCCAUCUACUACUUGAUUUACUCAUGGGCUCUUCAAGAACACGAACGUGUUGUCAGAAAGAAACCUGGUGACUUUGCUGAUGAUGUAUAA